AUGGUUACAACGCUUCGCAAGAGUUGGGCAGAGAUUUUCUCCAUUAAUGCCACAUACGGGAGCCGAGGUGGUAAGUCUCCAGCAGGCUCCAGCAGGCUCCAGCAGGCUCCAGCAGGCUCCAGCAAGCUCCAGCAGGCUCCAGCAGGCUCCAGCAAGCUCCAGCAAGCUCCAGCAGGCUCCAGCAGGCUCCAGCAGGCUCCAGCAGACUCCAGCAAGCUCCAGCAAGCUCCAGCAGGCUCCAGCAGGCUCCAGCAAGCUCCAGCAGGCUCCAGCAGGCUCCAGCAAGCUCCAGCAGGCUUCAGCAGGCUCCAGCAGGCUCCAGCAAGCUCCAGCAGGCUCCAGCAGACUCCAGCAAGCUCCAGCAAGCUCCAGCAGGCUCCAGCAGGCUCCAGCAAACUCCAGCAAGCUCCAGCAAGCUCCAGCAGGCUCCAGCAGGCUCCAGCAGGCUCCAGCAAGCUCCAGCAGGCUCCAGCAGGCUCCAGCAAGCUCCAGCAGGCUUCAGCAGGCUCCAGCAGGCUCCAGCAAGCUCCAGCAGGCUCCAGCAGGCUCCAGCAGGCUCCAGCAAGCUCCAGCAGGCUCCAGCAGGCUCCAGCAGGCUCCAGCAAGCUCCAGCAGGCUCCAGCAGGCUCCAGCAGGCUCUUAAGCUGCCUGCUUGUGGAUUAUAUUCCACCGCCUGCUUCCUCUCUCCCUUUGACUCUGCUGUUGCCACUCUUUCCUCCAGUCCUCCUCUUCCUCCCUUCUCGUGUUUUCACCUAA